AUGUCUCAAGUCGACCCGGGCCGAUCAGACAUCGUCGCCUUUAUGGAAAAGGCCUCCAAAGCCCUAGGCCGUGACCUUGCACCCCCCAAAGAUGUCUUCGCAUUCGGCGGUACCAACCCACGGGUGACGGACGAGCUUUUACAGCUGGCAGUCGAAGGCAAAAAGACAGCGACUACCUCGUGGCCUAUCCCGCAGCCCCUGCACUGGGGCCCAGGGGACUUGUCUGUCAUUCUCAACGGCAAGGGCGAGCCGGCGGCCGUAAUGCGGACCUUGUCAUUCGUUGAGUGCAAGUUUAGGGACGUGGCGGAAGACUUUGCGCUGGCGGAGGCGGAAGGUGACUAUGAUGACUAUCGGGAGGGGCAUAUCGCAUUCUACAGGAAGGAGGAGAACGGUCAUGAGUUUGGUGACGAUACCGGCCACACGGCGGGGGCCGCAUCCGAGCCCCGCUUUUCCCACCAUGUGGCGGAGAUAAGCCCGCAGAAUUUGAUCACCGUCCACAGCUUCACAUCGGCGCAAUCAACCGGGAUCCUCACAGAACAGGUCCAGUGGUGA